CUUUUGGCUCUCGUACCGCAAUCUCCUUCUCACCACCCUCACUGCGCUGUAGCAGCCAUGCCGAGCUCAACUGCUACGCCAGAAACUCUGAUUACGGGCAUACCCAACUUCUUUCAGGAAGCGCAGCACUCGAUUGCCAACCACCGCAAGAAUGCAGUCGCCCUCCAUCGCAUACACGCUCAAUGCUCGACUUUCACCCAAGAGACGCCGAGAGGGACCAAGCUGCUAGGUGAGAAGGCAUUCAACACCGCCUUCCUGCAAUGCAUCAAUCACGUCCUUGUCAUCAAGAAGGGCGUUACACAGGCAGAUCGAGCUCUCAAAUUCGUGGCAGCCUAUGCAGCCUAUGCCCAGGCUCAGUUCAGAAAGGAUGCGGGACAGCCUGCCAAUGAAGACGAAGAGGAGGAGGACACACCUGCUACACGCUUCGUAACUAUACUACUCAAGCAUGCUAUCAAGGGCUUCUCAGCCAAGAACAAGAAUGUCCGCCUGCGCUGCUGCCAGACUGUUGCCUUGCUCGUCAAUGGCCUCGAGUCAAUGGAUGACGACCUGUAUCAGGUCCUUCUAGAGGCGCUCCUCAUCCGAAUAAGAGACAAGGAGGUGCCCGUCAGAGUGCAGGCAGUCGUCGCUCUCUCCAAGCUGCAGUCAGGAGAUGAUGACGAGGCAGAUCAGACGAUGCUCGUCGACGAGGACGAGGAGGACGAACAAGUCAAAGGUAUCCGCAGCCACCUGCUGGGCAUCUUGCGCACAGAUCCCUCUGCAGAGGCGAGAAGAGCAGCCCUCUUCAAUUUGCCAAUCAACGACUCGACGCUCCCCUACAUCCUCGAGCGCUUACGAGAUACAGAUGCCGUCAACCGUCGCUGCGUGUACCUGGGCAGCCUGACAACCGGCCUAGCUCGACCAGGCUCAUCGCAGCUCUCACCUGAGCAGAGUCAUCAAGUCGUCAAGGUUGGCCUUGGAGAGCGAGAAGAGAGCGUGCGAAAGGCAUGCGGCAAGCUCAUCAACGCUUGGGUGGACCGUGAUGGCGCCGACCCCAUCAAGCUUGUGGAUCGCUUCGAUGGGCUCACGUACGCCGAGUCGACCAUGUCUGCACUCAAGGCCGCCUUCGAGACAAGACCGGCCCUCCUCGACGCCGUAGCCUUCGAUGACACCUUUUGGAAUCAGCUCACCCCCAAUACAGCCCUCCUGGCGCGCUCCGUGGUUGAGUACCUCAAAUCCAAAGGACGAGCGGGUGAAGCACGACUAGAGGAGGUCAUGCCCCUCGUGAUGGCCCUGGCCUUCCGUGUGCAAGGCAUCUGGUCCAGCCUCAUUGAGCUUCUCACAACGCGAGCAGACGAAGAAGAGGCAGAAGACAUGGCCUCGUCUCAAGCCUCGGUCCUCGAGUCAUUGAUGCACAUCGCGCUCAAUAGUGACUACGGCGAUGAGAUUGGGCGUCGCAAGAUGUUUGGGCUGAUCAGAGAGAUGAUCUCGCAUGAGAGCCUGCCGACCAAUCUCAUUGAGCCUUGCAUCGACGUGCUGUUGAAGCUCAGUGCCGGACAGAGAGACUUUGUGCGCAUCGUGGUGGAGAUUGUGCAGGAGCUGGCUGAUGAAGAGGAGGAUGAGGAUGAGGAGGGUGGGGACGCGGAGCGCGAUCAGGAUGCAGACGACUCAGCGGAGGUCGAAGACCUCGUCCAGAGCCGACGCAAGCGCUCUCGCAGCGGCGAGAAUGCCGCAAACGCCGCAGCGUCGAGUGAGCGCAAGAAUGCCUCAGACAAUCGUCGCCUCCUCCUCGUUCGCGCGAUGCUGGAGCGAAUGGCCAGCAACUUGCAUGAGAACACGGCCAUCCACGGCCUCAUCCCGCAACUCAUCGCGCCAGCCGUCAAGUCCAAAGACGCAAGCGUGAGGGAGCAAGGACUUUUCUGCUUGGGGCUGUGCUGCCUGCUGGAUUCCAAACUGGCACUUGACACAUUUCCCCUCUUUCUCGACCAAAUCCAACGCGCCGACGGGGCAAUCAAGCUGCGUGCCACUCAGGUGGUCUUCGACCAAAUGCUCGUGCACGGUAUCCCCUACCUCUCUUCGCGACAAGCAGCAGCAGCCGGUGGCGGGCCCGACGCUGCAGCAAUGGCGUAUUCGCAGAUUAUCGGCUUCUUACUCGGCCUGCUUGAGGACGACGAGGAGCAGAUCCAGGCCGUUGCAGCAGAAGGGAUUGCCAAGCUUAUGCUCUCCGGCAUGGUAGACGAUGACGAGGCGCUUCGCAGUCUGGUGCUCGUAUACAUGAGCCCGGAAACGCAGGCAAAUCAGGAGAUGAGGCAAUGCUUGUCUUACUUCCUACCAGUCUACUGCUUCUCAUCCAGCACGAAUCAGCGAAGACUACAGCGCGUGCUGCUCCCCGUACUGCAAGUGCUCACGGAGGUAUAUCACGAAAUUGCCGGAAGUCAGGAGAUGGUCACCCCAGCUCAAGUGGGCGCUCAGUUGGUUGACUGGUCGGAUCCAAGCAAAGCUAUCAACCUCGCCUCGCCGCAAGACCGUUGCAUCCACUUCGACGUUGCUCUCGAGCUGCUGCAGACUCUGCUCACCAGCGAAGACAAAGAGGAGCGCAAAGUCCUCGUCGGGAUGCUAGGCAAGCUCAGCCUUCCGGAGGCGGAGCAUUUGGACAUGCCCAGGGGAAAGACGUUCUUCCUCCUCGCGGCGAAGCUGCGCGAGGUCAAUGCAUUCGAAGAGACGACAGUGCGCAACUCCUUCGCUAAGUUUGAGGCAAGCUGCAUCAAGAAGUACACAGAGCAGGCUACUGCGGCGAGAGAGGCGGAUCUCGAGAGCGACGCUGAUCUGGAGAAGUUGAGAAGCUUCCUCGAAGGGCAAGACUUGGAGCUUGCGCUGGAUGAUCCCGGGGCGAUUGCCAAUCUGGAUGCGGCAGAUGAAGCAAAGCCGAAGCGCGGAGCAGCGGGGCGUGCCACUUCAAGUGCGCCGAGGAGUACGAGCUCAGCGAAGCCGCCGAGCGGCAGGAGCAAUCGAGCCAUCUCGUCGAGCAAAGCACCCCCGAAGCCCGCAGCAGCGCCACUGAAAGCUACUACGUCGAAACGGACAGUAUCCGCCGCUUCUUCACGGCAGCGCAGCAAGAGCGUCAGUGAUGACGACGAGGACGACGAUGAAAGUGAUGAAGAAGAGGAGUCGGACGAUGACGAUGAUGAAGAUGGCGGGGCUUUGCGCGCGGACGAUGAUUCUGAUGAGGACGAGCUUGCGAUGUAACACCUCUGUACUACGAUAACGGAUGCGCCUUCUUUCGUUGCGA